UUCACUUUAGUAAGAGGCUCGCAACGGAGGCGGCGGGGAUGCAACCGGAGCGAGCGAGGGCUGGCUUUCGGAGUGGCACAGUAGUGCACCUCUCAUCUCUGGCGACUACCAGUUUUUGCUCCGCAGUCAUGUUCGGACGCAGCCACCAUACGCACUGAGCUUUUUACGCACCGAACCAACGCUUUAGUUUUAGUUUAUUGCGUUUUUCAUUCAUUUAUUGUGUGUUGGUUGGCUUUUCUAUUUAUGUGCUUUCUGUGGAUGUAAUCUCCACCAUGCGAAGAUUACCGCGCGGUGCAAACGGGAGUGAAUAGUUUUGGCAAUAUGUCCCGUUGGAUUAUUAUGGUUCGCAUCUGCGAGGCUUAUGGAAUAUAGCCUGGUUUGUCACAAUCUGUAUGCGUUGUCAGCGAGCCCAGUGAAAAAGAAACUUGCAGUGCUCGGCAUCAUGUUUUUGCUGUGGGUGUACAUGCUGUAUUCAUGCGUCGGGUACUGUGCCACCAUGCCCAGUAUGGUGGUGGAUAGUUACCGGGCGAAGGAGCCGGAAUACGCGAGCAGAAGGACAGAGAGCGGCAGAGCGGACCUCAUGUCCAAACUGCUGCCCAGACCGCAAGGUUGGGUUGAUUUGGAGUCUGAUUACGACGAGCAGUCGCUCCGGCCCGCGUCUAGAGACUUAUCGGCGAACGACGUGGACUUGGACCGGGGCGAGGACUGGGACGAGGCAUCGCGGGGCGAGCAGAGAUCGCCGGAGCCCAGCUCGCUGUCAAGUUUCUCCAACGGCUCCGGGAGCAAGAAGCUGCCCCAGGCUAUCAUCAUCGGCGUGAAGAAGGGAGGCACGCGCGCACUGCUCGAGUUUCUCCGCGUGCAUCCCGACAUCAGGGCCGUAGGAGCGGAGCCGCACUUCUUCGACCGAAACUACGACAACGGGCUGGAGUGGUAUAGGGACCUGAUGCCCAAGACGCUGGAGGGCCAGAUCACCAUGGAGAAAACCCCCAGCUACUUUGUGACCCGCGAGGCUCCGGCUCGGAUCAGCGCCAUGUCCCGUGACACCAAGCUGAUCGUGGUGGUGCGGGACCCCGUGACGCGGGCCAUCUCCGACUACACGCAGACGCUGUCCAAGAAGCCCGACAUUCCCUCCUUCGAGAGCCUCACCUUCAAAAACAGGACUACGGGGCUGAUCGACACUUCCUGGAGCGCCAUCCAGAUCGGCAUCUACGCCAAGCACCUGGACAACUGGCUGCAGUACUUCCCCAUGGGCCAGAUCCUGUUUGUGAGCGGCGAGCGGCUCAUCAGCGACCCGGCCGGAGAGCUGGGCCGCGUGCAGGACUUCCUGGGCCUCAAGCGCAUCAUCACGGACAAACACUUCUACUUCAACCAGACCAAGGGCUUCCCCUGCCUCAAGAAGGCCGAGGGCAGCAGCAAGCCCCACUGCCUGGGCAAAACCAAAGGCCGCACCCACCCCAAUAUCGACCCCGAGGUGGUGCAGAGGCUACGGGAAUUCUACCGGCCGUUCAACAUGAAGUUUUACCAGAUGACUGGACACAACUUUGGCUGGGAUUGACAAUAGACAAGGACUCACUCUUAGUGUUUAUUAUUAUUUUUUUUUGUUUCCUCUGUAUUUGAAUGGCAAAAGUCAUGGAGAUAUUGCUAUAUAUAUGUAAAAUGUACAGAAAUCUAUUUUAUAAUAAUUUAUUUUUAAUUUCUAAGCAAUUAAUUCACUAAGCUGCCUAACCAUAACUCAUAUAUACCAUCUGGCCCCUACAUCAUGUUUUCUUUCUCAUUUUUUUUUUUAACAUUCCACAUUUUUUUUGUUACAUUAAUCCUCAACCACAUCAGUACUGUCCACUCCUUUUGAAUAAACGGUGCUUCCAGAAAGAAAGAAAUUGUUGGACGAGCAAACUAAGCACCGUUUUACGGGUACAGUGUGUCCAGAUACCAGUCGUGUGUGAAAUACAACUUCAGUGUUCUCACACACACACACACACACACACACACACAGACGUGAAACGCCUCAUCUCCCUUUGACCUACACUGUAGCAUGACCACAUUAUAACAUUGCGCUUUGCUGUCGUUAUACCUCCCUAACAGCCGUUGUGCUUACACCUCUGUUAUUAUCUAAUCAGCGCCCAGCCCUGUACUUAAAGGGGACAUCCGUCCACUAUUGACAACCGUCCCAUCACCCCCCCCCCCGCCCCCCCACCCUCCAUCCCUCUCCGCAUGUCCCGGGAGGCUCCUCUGAUGGCUCUAGCAGCUGAUCCGAUACCCCCCUCACUCAAUAACCGGUAGAUCAAUAGGCCUAAUUGCUACUCAUGUUGUCAGUCACCCUUAGAGCCAAGCGGUUGAUUGGGGGUCUCCGCUUCGCAGCGCGUCCAGUUCAGCCCAGGGUGUCCUUCCUUAAUGAGCGGCCCUGCCCAUCAGUGACCCGCGCGCGAGCACACGUAGAGCAGGCCGAAGAGACGCGUGGGGACAUUAUGCUAAUCGGCUAAACGUUAGCGGGCCGGAUCAAUACUCCUCUGUCUCUCUCUCUGUGUGUGCGUGUCAUCUGUCGUUCACCCAUUAGGGCGAGGGUGCUCCGCGAGCGUGUGCUUGCAGCCCAGAGGUCAAAGGUCAAGGGAAAAUCUUGACGAAAUGAUCAGUUUGUUUGAUUGAUGGGAUGGGAUGUGGUAUCAGUUGUGUUGGAUCUCAGAUCUUGUCUGGAUUUUGUUUUUCUCCUUUUUGUAGUGAGAUAGCGGGAGCGUCCGCCCGGAGAUAGCAAUCGGUCCGAUGUAGAGCAGGAGGAUAUCAGGAGAGAGAGGGGGAAAAAAAGAAAGUUCAAAAGACAAGAAAGAGGAGGAAAUAUCACAGGGAAGCGUUCGCUUCAGCGGGACAUGAUGGUGUUCGCCUGGCCAGGGCUCUGAUUACAGACGGGAUAUCAAAGGAACAGCUCAAAGUUUCCUCCUCACAGAAGGUUAGAUGGAGUUCAGCAACGUUAUGGCUUCCGUGCGCUGUCGGGCUUCUUGACAGGUCGAGCGAUGUUCACAGCACCCGUCGUUUGCCUCGACUUCUCACUCCCACUUUCUGUUGCCAUGUGUUCUCCCCUCAGAGCAGCCGCGUCAAAAAACAUUUUUUAUUUCAUCUUUUUUCUCCCUUUCUCCUCCACCCUUGAUCAUUCAUCCCCCAAUCACAUUGUUUUGCUCCUUUUUUCAUUCUGUUUAUUCUGCAUACUUUAUCUCUGUACUUGAAUUCUUGAUAUGCAAGAAUGAGAAAGGGUUUGUUAGUAGCACGCUGUUUGUACUUCUGAAGGGAAGUCUCAUAUGGAGCUCCACAGCAUCCCACAGCAUUUUUUAAAAGGCAGGCAAUGGUCCUCUGAGGCCUCCAUGACUGUUUCACAUCUGAUUGGGCAUCAGACCCGUCUGUCAUUAUCCCAAACAUCUGAUUGGGGAUCAGACCCGUCUGUCAUUAUCCCAAACAUCUGAUUGGGGAUCAGACCCGUCUGUCAUUAUCCCAAACUUCUUUAUGAACAAGUCAAUCAAACCAAUCUGAUCCUCUGACAGUUUUCGUAAAGGCCAGUUGAGAGUGAGUCAAAAAAGACAAGGGAAGUGCUAUUUGUGCUCAGAUAUCAGUCAGCGUGAAUGUACUAAGCCUUUCUCCACGAACCCAAGGUCCUUGAAGAAAAAGAAAAAACAAACAAAAUGUCCUUGAAUUAAAGGGAAUGCUUGACCAGCUUUAUGGGCUGGCUGUGUGAACAUACAGUAGAGCUGUGAAACUUUGAUGCUUUUUCUCCUACAGUAUGUUACUGACCCCACCCCCGGAUGUAGACCAACAGCCUACUCCCUCCUACUAUCAGCCAUGCCCAGGACGGAAUGCAGCAUAAUGACUUAUAGACUAUAUGGAGUUCACACCUGUAUCGAUCCUUCAACUAACAGUACCUUAAAACUGACGAUAACAUGCUCACCUGUUCAGAAAAGAGCUGAAGGCAAUUGUGUGACCUUGUCCUGAUAUUUCUGCUGCAAUAGCUCUGCGAGGAUUCGGUCAGAUUCUCACAGCACAUGUCAAUGCAUCCGUUGUAAUGGUUGAGUUUUAUUCAACCUUUUUUUUUUAGAAUAUACAGAUGUUAGUGACGUUUCUCUCUCUCUCUCUCCACAUAUAACACAGUAAAUAGAUUAGCAGAUCUGUAUGUACAAAAAGACAAAAAAGGAAAAAUGACAUGUAAAUCAAGUAUUUUGUGGUAUAUAUAUCAAAAAAGAAUUAAUUUUACACAGUGGAAAAGCAAAAUGGAACUGGUUGUUUCUAGAUAAUGAAAUACUGAACAUUCAUACUAUUUCUUUGUAU